AUGACAGUUUCUUCUGGCCGCGCGGCAGCGUCCGCCGCCCUCCUCCUUCUCCUCCUCCUUGCCACAGAGCUGGGGACGACGACAGUGGCGGAGGCGGGGGAGAGGACCUGCAGGUCGCAGAGCCACAACUUCAAGGGGGAUUGCACGAGCUCGACCAACUGUGCCAGCGUGUGCAAGACGGAGGGCUUCCCCGACGGCAAGUGCAAGACGCACUACCUCGUGCGCAAGUGCUUCUGCAUAAAGGACUGCUGA